UUUGAAAAAACGUGCAAUAAAUUUCGCGACCAUAAAAAAUGCUUAACUGAACAUACACAGCGCAAAAUGUAAACAAAAAUAUUGACAUUUCUCAUUGAACAAAUGAUGUGUCACAAUAAAGAUACAAGAGGAAUUUCAUAGGUCGCGCAUAAAAUUACUUGUUUAUUUUGAAUACUGUUUUUAUUUAGUAUGCAAUAAAUACUAUUAAUAUCCAAUAAAUAUGAAGUACGCAACGUCUCCUACACCGUCAGUUAGUGGCGUAUCGUCCGCUUACAGUGGCCUUUUGCGUUCACAGUCUGGACUUCCACCUCCAGUUAAUCAUCGUAAGGAUUGCCUGUCUGCCACAACUAAAAGUUAUAAAUAUCUAAGACGACUGUUAAAGUUUAACCAAAUGGAUUUUGAAUUUGCGCUAUGGCAAAUGAUUUAUUUAUUUAUAUCACCGCAGAAAGUUUAUAGAAAUUUUAAUUAUAGAAAACAAACCAAAUCACAAUUCGCUAGAGAUGAUCCCGCAUUUCUGGUAUUGCUUGUAGUAUGUCUAUGUGUUACAUCCCUGGCAUUUGCCUGGAUACUUGGGCUAGGAUUUUGGAAGAGUAUUUCUUUUGUUUUUUAUGUGGUAUUUGUCGAUUGUAUAUUUGCGGGAAUAGUUGUUGCUUCAUUUUUUUGGAUUGUUACAAAUCGAUAUUUACGUACUAAUAAUCAGGAGCCGGACGUUGAGUGGGGUUACGCAUUCGAUGUUCAUUUAAAUGCCUUCUUUCCUCCACUAAUGCUGUUGCAUUUUAUACAAUUGUUUUUCUAUAAUUGGUUUAUUAGUCAGCCGUGGUUUGUGUCUCGGAUGCUUGGUAACACAUUUUGGCUCUUUGCUUUAGGAUAUUACGUUUACAUAACAUUUUUGGGGUAUAAUUGUAUACCACAUUUAAAAAAUACACGCUUGAUUCUCAUACCAUUACCAAUUAUAUUUAUAUUUUAUUUAGUGACUUUAAUCAUAGGCUGGAAUAUUACAAUAUCAUUCAUAACGUUUUAUAAGUAUCGCAUUGGAGCAGAAAUGUUUUAAAAAUAAGCACUGUAAUAUACAUAUGUAAAUUAAAAAACAAUUGCAAUAACUAACAUUAAAAAUAAUUUAAUAUGUAAAAAGCC